CUUUGACUUAUUACAAUGGAUAAGGUCUAUUUUGAAAAUAGUUUAUAGCACCUUGUCUAUAUAGAUUUAUUUCCUCUAUCGUUUUCACACAAGCGUUUGAGCUUGUAGAGUGUGUUCACAUAUCUAUGCAAGCAGCUGCUGCUUCUCUUGGAGGAACUACUACCCGGUCACAUAAGAUGGCAACCUAACUGAAUCAAAGCUUUUUCCACUGCUUUUGUUUGUCUUACCAACCACACAUUUGCCUUUGUUGGUCUGCGCAUGCAGAUCUUUUGUGAAAGCCGCACUUGAAGUUUGACUGAUUGCAUGAAUCAAGAUAUCUAUCUACUAUAAACGGGUAGUGAUGAAUAUAGCACGUCUUUGUUGUAGUGCUACCCUCAAAUUAAAGCUGUUGGGUUAUUGCUAACUUGUGAUCUACUGUGAUGAACAGUCACAGUGUGCUGUAUGUGUCAAUUUAGUGAGAACAAAGUGGGGAAGGAGGGGCCAAUAAGGUGAAAUUUUACUCAGCAAUGAGGACACUGACUGUCAGCACACUCACUCGCUGAGUGAAGAAAGAGAGACAUCUUCUCUGUAUGUGUACUUUAUGUGUAAGUGUGUGCAGGGGAUAUCACGUUUCUCUGUGUUUCGGUUAUAAUACGAGUUUUAAAGGGGAUAUAUCAAGGAAGUCAAUGUGAAAUUCAAGACGGAUUUGUGAGAAUUUCAUCUAGCUGGAGCUAUAAUGUCUUCCCAUGUCAAGCUGUGGAGAGACAAAGUGGGAACCGCAGACUAUGACACCCAGAUCAAAGAAGUGCGACUGCAGCUGGCAGAGCAGCUGAGGAUACUUGACAGUCACGUGGAGCAGAAGGGCCAGAUUUUCCAGGACCUGGCGGAUUAUUUGCGGAGGCGAGGUGAGAUCGAAGGGGAGUAUGCACGCUCGCUCGACAAACUGACGGAGAGAUUCUCAUCUAGAACCAGGAAGAAGGAGCCCAGUCAUCAGUCAGUAGUUAACUGCUGGCAGGUGUUAUUAACACAAACACGACAAGAAAGCAAAGAUCACAGCAUGCUAAGUGACAGCUACAGCUACAUACUGCCUCAGCAGCUUUCACACUGCAUUGAGAAUGCCCAACGCCUGGCCAAACGAAGCAGGGACAUUUGCACUCAGCUGCAGGAUGGACUUUUGAAGGUCACCGCAGAACUUCAGACAGCCUUGAAGACGUAUUACCAAUAUUACACAGAGUUUCUGUCAGCAGAAGGCAAACUGAAGGAGGCAACCAAACUGGAAGAGAAACAAAAGCAAAGUGCUUCAAAAAAGAUGGAAAGACUUAUAGAAAAAAGGCAAUUUAAAGUUGAAGAAAUUCAGCUAAAGUGCACAAAGGCACGCAACGACUAUCUUCUCAACCUGUCUGCAGCUAAUGCGUGCCUGAACAAAUACUACCUUAAAGAUCUCUCCACUCUCAUUGACUGCUCUGAUCUGGGUUACCAUCAGUCCAUAUCAAAGGUGUUACAGUUUUACUUGGCCCGUCGCCAGCUGGUCCAACAGAACUUGUGCUCGGGGUGGCAGCAGUUGAAUGCGGCUGUCUCAGAACUAAGCCAGAACCAGGACAGAGACGCUCUUAUGCAGACCAACAUCUCAGCAUUUUGCAUGCCGCUUCGCUUUCUGUACCAACCUUAUGAGGGUGACCAGGUCUGUGAAGUGUCCGCCACGCAUGACACCAUGAGUGAUUUAGUGACGCGCUUUCAGCAGCUACAGUCCAGGCUAUCUUCUAUCACUACUGAGGUUGAGGAGUCCAACAAGAUACUCCAGUCAUCUCAGUCUUCAGUGAUCAGUAGUAUUUUUGAGGACACCUUUGGAUCUGUCCUUGACGUACCCGACAGCCCGUCACAUGAGGGGAGCGGUGAUAUAUUAGCCAGCAAAUCUCAGCAGAUAAAACGAAGGGCCAGCCUGCCAGAUACUGAAAAUGUGUACUUUAUGAAAGUAAAGGACUAUUUAUGUAAUAGCUCUUUAAUAUCAAAGCUGGAGGCCAAACAUGAUCUUCUUAAAGAUGCUAUUCAGCGAGCUGCAAAUCUUGAUGUUAAUCAGUCCAGAAUACAAUCCAAAAGAUCGGUGCGACAAAGAAAGAGUCAACUCAGUACUCAUAUCGACCAGAAGCUCUUUAAUGGGAAUCUGCUAUCAUACAUCCAAGUGUCAGGACAGCCAAUUCCUGCAAUCGUGGAGAAUUGCGUUAGGUUCAUUAACAUCAACGGUUUACAUCAUGAGGGGUUAUUUAGAGUUCCAGGCUCUCAGAUGGUGGUGAAUCAGCUAAAGGAUGCAUUUGAAAUAGGAGAUGAUCCUCUCGCUGAAGGGAUGUGUGAUAUGGACUCUGUGGCGGGAGUGCUGAAACUUUAUUUUCGAGGACUAGAGAAACCCCUCUUUCCUGAGGACAGCUACGAUCAGCUGAUGGAAUGUGGACAAAUAGAUGACGAGACCAAAAAAGCAUUGCAGCUGAAGAGCAUCAUCUCCACCUAUCCAGCUCCGCUUACCAUCGUCAUGAGAUAUCUGUUUGCAUUUCUUCACCAUGUAUCCCAGUACAGCGAUGAGAACAUGAUGCAGCCCUAUAACCUGGCGGUUUGCUUUGGCCCCAGUCUUGUGAGAGGCCCAGACAUCGGAGAUGCGGCUGAACUUCAGCGUAUCAACUUCCUGGUCAAGAGUAUCAUCAUCCAACAUGAAAGCAUCUUCCCCAGCCAGACUGAAUUGCCUGGGCCAGUCUAUGAGAAGUGCAUGACAUUAGAAGAAGAGGAUUGUGAAGCUGUGGCAGAGGAAGGAGACGGAGAAUCGGACCAGUCUCAAAUUAAAGAAGCAAAAGAUGAAGUACUGGGAGUGGCCAUGUAUGACUACACAGGCCGUUCCCAAUCGGAGCUGUCUUUUAAACAAGGGGAUCGCCUUAUUCUACAUAGCCAGGCCUCUUCCGAGUGGUGGAGAGGGGAAGUGAAUGGGACAAAGGGUCUAAUUCCAAAUAAGUAUAUUAGUGUGCCAAGUAUGGAUGGAGUACAAGAUCAGAAAGGAAAAGAUGCUGUGAAAUCCAGCAGUGGUAGAGACCAGUCAGAAGAACAGCCUAAAACAGAGCAAACCAUACGGCCCAAAGUUUCUAAUGACAAGUCCGGGGUUGGUACAAGCAAUGUCGCUUCUGGAAAGAUUUCAUUACAGAUACCCACAGGACAAUAUAUGCGGCCCGGAACUUCUCCAGGAGCUUUACGGAAAACUUUAGACCCUCAAAUGAGACGAACCACAGCAGAGGGAGGAACCAAAGUGGAAAGUACAAUAGAAGUGGAUAAGGGCGUGUGCAUAAUGAUGAACUCAGUAUUUCAAGAGCUCAUUUCCCGACAAUCAUCCUAGGACUCAAGCAUUAUGUUCAUCUGCAAACUCAUUCAAACCUGUGCACACACUGCACAGCACAGAUGAACUGGUGAAAAAGUGAAAAAACUUUCUACUAUAAGUAUGGACUCUUUGAAAAAGUUUUCUUGUCAUUAGUCAGAUUGUGGUCAUUGCCUGUUUAUUUGUUUUUAUGUAUGUGAUGUAAAUAUUUUACAAUUUUAAUAAAUUGCAAAUUAAUGUUAUUAAA